UUAAAAAGCUUUUUUUAGUGAAACUCGUAAGAAUGUUACUGUAAAAUAUCUCUUUUGUUCAGGACGAUUCUGUUUAACAAACAGGACAAUCAGUUGUUUUGCAUUAAAAUGGCACCGGAGUAGUGAAGAGGGAUGCAUGUUUCAAGAUACCGUCCAGUCGUUUAUCUGCAACUAUUUUUAUUGUUCAUCGAUAUAUUUGUCAACGCUUUUGGAGAGUUAUUUCGAAACAAUGAUGUUGUAAUACUUGUUAUAUUCGUAAUUCAAGAUGUGUGUUUGCUUUUGGCUCUCAUCGUUCUUUUCUUGGUGUUCUUCAACACAUUUGUGUUUCAAGCAGGAUUGAUAUUUUUGUUGGUGCGAAAGUUUAAACCAACCAUCAUGUGUAUUGUGCUGUAUUUAACUUUAUCAGUUGCGCUUCAUGUAUGGACAAUGCAUCGGAAAUGGGGAGAUGGAAUUGAAUAUAUAUGGAUUGAUAGCUUUCAAGCAUUGUAUGCAAUACAAAGAGUUGUGUCCACCAUAUACUACUUUACCUACAAAAGAGCCAUGGUAAAAUUAGCUGAUCCACGUUAUUAUCGCGAUACUGAAUGGUUACGUAAAGAGUUUGCUCGGGUUCAUUAAAGGACCACACUAAUCAACGAAAUUCUUGGAUAAAAAUUUAUAUAAGAUGUCUUUCCUACCUGUAAUUUAGAAAAUUGUGGUACUUACUUACGUUAAUGGUAAGAGUUACACAAGAAGAGAAGAAGGUAAAAGAAGUUAAAAAGUCGUACUUUUGAUACUUGGGGAACAUGCAAUUUUAUUCUGCUUUAGCAACAAUAGAUAUAUUCUCCAUAACUAUAUUGUAUCAAUAUUUAUGAGGCACGGCUGAUGUUUUUUGUCGGCAAUAUUUUUAAACCAUAUUUAUUGUAUAUAUACAUGUUUAUUUGUGUUUUUUUCUUUAAUAUUAUUAUUUUUAUUAUUAUUUUGCGAAAGAUAAAGUUAUUAUUUUCGUA